AUGUUGCAAAACAUUGUAGACGUUUUUAGGGAGGAUAACCCGUUCAACGAAGAAUUUGAAGAAGAACAAGACGGUGAUUAUGAGGUUUGUAUUUAAAAAAGCUACAGUUAAGCUAGGUUUGCACUAGAGGGUAAUAGGGACCUUCAGAUUCGAGGACGAGAACAACUACGAGUACGAGAAUUGAUUUAAAGUUUUUUCGCGUAGGGGUGUCAAAAAAAAAGGAAAAACCCGGAAUGCUUCAUUGUACUUUUUUCAUCUUUAUUGGAGAAGGUUAAGCCGCCUACCGAUCACAAAAUGAUAAAACGUCUAACAUUUGAUAACUUGAUUUCGUCACAACGAUAUCUUCGCUAAAACCUGUAGAGCUGUUCAACUCAGAAGUGAUUAUUUACUUGUUUAUUUGUUUUGUUUUGAAGGUAAUUAAGCAAAACUUUAUGAAUAUAGUACUAUAAAACAUUCAAAUGGAUGCAUAAAAGCAGCGGGUUAAAAUAUUAAAAAUAUCGUCAAUGUUCAACAUUCAAAAGAUACAAACGUGCAAGGAGUAGUCAAGACAUUCAACGUUAUAAUAAUUCACUGAUAUCGUUUUUCUUAUAAAAGGGGCGUGAAGGAGGUGGUCAAAGAGGGAACUUACCAGUGAUGGAGGUAUAUAAAGUGUGCAUUACUUAAAAAGAAAAAAAGCAACACUUCCAGGUAUUAGUCAAGACAUGCAACGUUAUAACCAUUCACUUAUAUUGUUUUUCUUACAAAAGGAACUUGAAGGAGAUAGCGAAAGAGUGAACGUACCAGUGAUGGAGGUAUGUAAAGUGCGCAUUAAUUAACAAAAAAAAAUAGCAAAAUGUAAAGUUCAAGACAGGCAACGUUAUAACAAUUCACUUAUAUUGUUUUUCUAAUAAAAGGAACAUGAAGGAGAUGGCGAAAGAGUGAACGUACCGGUGAUGGAGGUAUGUAAAGUGCGCAUUAAGUAACAAAAAAAAAUAGCAAAACGUCCUAGUAGUAGCCAAGACGGGCAACGUUAUAACAAUUCACUUAUAUUGUUUUUCUAAUAAAAGGAACGUGAAGGAGAUGGCGAAAGAGUGAACGUACCAGUGAUGGAGGUAUGUAAAGUGCGCAUUAAUUAAAAAAGAAUACCAAAGUGUCCGGCCAAACAGUGAAUAUGUUAACGCAGAUUUUUUGACCGUUUCGUGGACUUAGAUCGGCUUGAAGUUUGAAGGUAUUGCAGUGAAUCAACAAACUCGUCCCCAGUGCUUUUCGUUUAAGGAAAAACGAGUGUAGGGAGUGAGAGCGAGGGAGGGUUCCCUCUUUUUCUCCUCUCCCUCUCCUCCUUCUUAUUUUUUUUCCCGCUCUGUCUGACCUCUUCCCAAACUGCACUAUCUGAAUGCCUAGAACAGGCUAUAUGGUCAAGACAUGCAACGUUAAUAUAUAGAUUUAGGCAGGGCUAAAAGUGAAGCUCCCCUUGAUAUACCUGUAUUUUACUCAAACAAAAAAUGAAAUCGUGUAAUGCUAAACGACUGCAACAACGAGAACGGCAAAAAGAUCAAUGGGUCUAAUAAGCGAAAAAAAAAAAUAUACACGUUUUAUGGACGAAAUUCUUUUUCGCUUUUUUUUUCUCACUGCCGCUCACUUUCACCCUGCUGGUCGCUAGCAUUUCUCAUUUUCUGGCCGCUGCUAAAAAAAUUUUCAUACCGUUAUUCCAACGAAAUUCGUCUCCCUUGUUUUUUAUCUUUUGCUCUAGCUCUUUCUCUGUUAUCACGUCAGUGUACACAUUAAAUGCAGUCGAAAAAAAGACUCGCCUUAGUUGAUGUUUUUUGGGGUGGACAAGCGGUUUACCGCCAAUGCGUGUGGGUGCUUGAAAUGCGAAUUUUCAUCCCGGACGUUUUUUUCAGAACCAAAAUUUCUGGUAUGCAUAGAUAGCCAACUAGUCGUUUAUAUUGUUUUUCUUAUAAAAGGAACAUGCAGCAACUGGCGGAAGAGUGUACGAACUUCUUGGUAAGCUUUUAACCUUCCCUCAGUUUUAAUAGUCCGGGAAAAAUUACGAUUUUCAGUGGGAAAACAAUAAACAUUGAAUUGCACUCGUAAUAUCAUGGGUGACAAAUUACUCGACCUUAAUUUUGGCCCCAAAUUUCAGUGUUAAUUUAUAAUUUCACGUGUGAAAUGAAUGAAGAUGUCAGGGCAUUAAAAGCCGCUUUAGAAAACGUAAAAGCACGAAAGAGCACAUAAAGAAGGAUUCUGUCAGGUAUUUUGUCGAAAAAUUCUGAAAAUUGUGAACUAAAGCCUAAAUUUAACUAAGCUCUAAAGUUUUCAGUGCGUGAAAAUCUCGAUCAAUAACCAAUUUGAUAAACAUAACUAAAACCUACGAUUGUGAGCGUAAUUUAAUAUUAAUACGUAAUCAAAUGUUUUAUUCGUGAAAUUAGAGAAAAAUUUCACUCGUCUCCAUUUGAUCACAGAUACCAAAAGCAUAUUAUUAUUAUUAUUAUCAUUACUAUUACUUAUUUUAUUUAUUUACGUAUCUAUUUUGUUGACCCCUGCACUGACAUUUCCUAUAUUGUUUUUAGAGUUACCUGGGGACGAGGAACUCCCAGAGGGCGCUCUCUGCUAG